AUGUGUCCCGCAAUGUCUCUCAAUGCUAGUGAUCGUCUGAGGAGAUCUAGAUCAACUCGUUCCAUCAGAAGGAACCACCAAAUGUCAGUGUCUAAUGAGCCAUUUGAUCCAGAAAUCGCCAAACAACACGCAACCGUUGCGGCAUCUCUGGCCAUGCGGCGAUCUACAGAGCGGUCUUCUACGGACUCUCAACGCUCUUACGAUCGCUUGGGUGGCCCCGGUAGCAUGGCGGUACCACAGAGAAGACACAGACCAAGUGGCGACAGUGAAAUCUCUGAUACUUAUUUGGCUGCUACUCUGACACUGUCCAGGCCUUCAGCCGUGAAUGACUCAGAAGAAAAUAACAAUUCCCAGCUUUCGCCCGCAGCGCUACCGCCAAUUCGUGAAUUCGGCGGUCUAGAUGGCCGCAAUUCUUCUCUACCUUCUUCAUACCGCCGCCUGCGCAAGUCACGGUCAAUGUUUGCAGGCGGACAACGGUAUUCUCGUAUGUCUUGUGGAGCACAUUCUCGCUUACAUGCCAUACCCCAAGGGAAAACGCGUUCAUUAUCUUCAUCUAUUAAACGGGGUAUCAAGAAGGUCCUCGGACUUUCAAAACCCGUUGCAGAUAAUAGCCAAGCACAGGCGCCACCCGUUGGCCAGGCACAGAACCAGGUGCUUUCGACAACAUCCAAGGAUGACGAUUAUCCAGCUGGAAAUGAUCUGAAUUCGAUUUGUGCCGAUAGGCUCACUGGUUACGAUCGUUCUCAGACAGUCCGAAGUACCCGUAGUUCGGAGAGUCUCGCAACCAGCCGCUCGCGUGUUACAAGCUGGGCUGAUUCAACCGUAGCAAAUACUAUAGUAACGCGCAAAACAGGCGAACAAAGCCAUCUGUCUAUCAUUGAUGAACAAGGCGAUUCGGGACCAAAUCUUUCGGUACUCACCCCAAGCAACUCUCCUAGACAGGCCUUUUCAUCCUCUCCGGAACCAACCAUGCCGGGGCAUUCCGUUGAUAGCCAACGUCUGUAUGCUGCACUGAUGAAGCGGAUUGGGCAGAACCAUGCACAGGAUACAAAAGAAGAAAUCUUCCUCGGUCAAGUCCGGGAACAUCGUGCUAUUCCGACACGUGCAUCUUCCCUAUACCCUCGCAGUAGCAGGCAGACAAUUCGUCGGGUUGCCAGCAACGAAUCGUUUACGACCCCAAGGUCAUAUGCAACAGCCCCCGGUGGCACAGUAACUCCCCAGAAACGCUUGACAAUGCUCGGGAGCCAAAGUGCCCUAGAUGGCGAUACUCGAAGCAUAAACGCUCCUGAGUCUCCGACUUUGGAUACAUCUGAUUCUCCUAGCAUCUACUCACGCACCACCAGUGGCAAUUCCCCGCCCACAAAACAGCAUGAUAAUGGGCCACGCUUGUCUGAGACGGCAGAUGAACCAGGGGUAGCUACAAUCUUCGAAAGCCAGCGGUCAGCAUACAGAUCCCCUAAGCGAACCCCUGGUCUCCCGGAACCCCAAAUUCAACCACGGCCAAGCGCCGAUUGGCAGCAAUGGAUGCAGUCUCAAAUGGCGAGGAUCGAACACCUCACACCGACAAAGGAGCAUUAUAAAGAAGACGCGCAAAUAUAUGACGACGAGGCUAACAUGCAACGGCAGUGUUUAUCCCGAGGGGGUGACAACGACAUCUCGGCGAGUCGACAGGAUGAUUCGGAUCAUGAUCAACUUUUCGCGAGUAGAGAACCAACGACAACUUGCAAGAUUCGGACCGGAAGUAAUUUCUCUAGACCGUUCAGUCGGUCUCCAAGUGUACGCACGGUGGUGGCCGCCUCGAAAGAGCAAGGACUGACUACUGCUCCUCCGUUUUCGAUUCAUACGUCAGUAUCCCCUAGCAGUGAUGGAUCGUCUUUCACUGUUGGCCGGAUCCGCGCACGGCUUGACCAGCAUGCAUCGUUACCCAUGCAGUCAAGGCCAAUCAAUAGGCCCUGGAUACCAGAAUCCCCCACGCCUAAGCGAGAAGCUAGAGAGCUGUCACGGCGAUUGGCCCUGAACGGCAAGUAUGGUGAAUCUUCCAUCAAAUGGUCCCAAGCCCAAGACACAGGGCCCGUGCCUUUUCGAGUUAGCCGUCAUCGUGAUAGCACCAGAUUUAACAAUGAGAACAUACGGGCCGAUACCCGACAUGGCAACGUCAACGAGCGAUAUCCAUUGUCUCAAGACACCGGCUCGCCCAUGUCGAGCAAACGCAUGGUGGAACUGUUUCUUAGCAGUCGACGUCGACAAAUGGGCAUGGAGAUGUCAGACGAUAGUGCUCCGGAUGGAGCCUUUCUCUAG